CGCUGUCUGAAUCAUUUCCGUGCAAUGACUGCAGCAGCCACUUGUCUACUCGUGCUCUCCCUGGCCGCCGCGGGGCUCGCCGCCCCCUCCGAGGCCCCGAAACGUACACUCGGCCUCCGCACCCUAUUCAUCUCAUGCCUCGACGCAGGCUCUCAGGAUGAAGAUUCGUCUGGAGAUUUCAUGAGCUGCCUGAACACCCGUGUCCGCGAAUCAGGAGGUGAACUGCGCCUUUUGCCAGGCGUCACUUUAAGCGCGGAAAAUGUCGACAUGAGUGGAAAUGGACAGCGAGCUAUGUCAGGAAAUGCACUUAAGAUUGCCCUGCCGUGGUCGGAAACCAGUGCAAGGUUCUUCGGAGGCUGGAACAACCCUUCGUUGGUGCUGUCAGGUGGCGAGUCUGAGCUGGACAUCGGCGUUGAAGUGGACAAGGAGGACCAGAACGCAGUGGCAACCACCGGCGAUGAGGAAUCAGGCAGAGUUUUCCUCAAAGGCAAAAAGCUGAAGAAGGUACUGAUCCCGUUGAUGAUCGGACUCAAGCUUAAGUCCGCGCUCAUCUCCAUGCUCAGCUACGGUGCCGUCAUCGCCAUGGCUGCUAAGGCGCUGCUCCUCUCGAUCGUCGCUGUCGCCAUCGCUGGCAUUGGUGCGAUGAGGCGCAUGUACAAGGACUACUCUGACGCGACAGUGCACUCGUACAGCUCCUACGAGCCGAGCAGCUAUUCAUCGAGCUACCACCACCGCAGCUACAACACCCCCAUGGGCCAGGCGGUGGCUCCCAGCAACCAGGUGGCCUCCGUCGUCAGCGCUGACGCUACCGCGCAGCCCAAUUACGCCUCCCACGACAUGACCUACGCUGGUUACAGGCAGUGAUCAAUCCUCCCCCACCCGCAACCUAAUUUAUUUUAAAUUAUUAACUAUUUAUUUUUGAAAUGCCAACACCUACGCUCUCCAACGAAUACAGGAUUUGAAAUGCAUUCUAAACUAAAGAUUUCUGGACGACUUUAAUUUAUAAUUGACAAAACUAUGUUAUAAUUUUUAACAAGAUUUUACGUUGACUUUUGACGCUCCUGCAACAUGACAAGUGACUGACUCUUUGACUUUUAGAAUGUACAAUAGCAGAUUUACUACUAUGAAAUAAAUAAUUGAAAAAGGUUUGCUCAAUGAAAUAA